AUGGCUCCCACGCCCUCUGUUUGUGAUCCUGCCUCUGCUCACGCGGCUGAGGUCUGUCACACGCCACCCUGGAGCCAGACAUGCCCCUCGGGUCUAUGCGCCGCAAAGACGAUCCGCGAAUGCGAGCCUGAGGCUAGGGUGAAGAUUCUGGACUCUAACAAAACGGUCGGCGGUGUCUGGUCCAAAGAGAAUAUCUAUCCUGGCCUCAAGACGAACAAUAUCCGUGGCGGCAUUGACUUCUCCGACUUUCCUAUGCAUGACGGUUUUGGCGUCCCCCAGGGUCAACAUGUCUCCGGCGAGGCGAUGCACGAGUACAUCAAGGCCUAUGCCGAACACUUCGGCCUGUUGCAGUUGAUCGAUUUCGAAUCGACCGUCGCCGAAAUCCGGAAGCUCGAAGGUGCCCAAGGCUGGAACGUCAAACUUGGCUCAGGUGCCGACUUGCAGGCGCACAAGUUAAUCGUCGCGACGGGUGUCACCAAUGUGCCACACAGACCAGACUUGAGUGGCGCCGAAGAUUUUGGUGGUCCAAUCAUGCACUCGGCGGAAUUGGGAAUGAAAGGCGGUGCUCUUACUGACAACCCCAAUGUCGAAACGAUAGCAGUGCUCGGUGGAGGCAAGUCUGCCUACGAUGCCGUCCAUCUCGCGGGCAAGGCCGGCAAGAGAGUGGAAUGGAUCAUCAGGAAAUCGGGCAAGGGGCCUGAAUGGAUCUUCCCUGCCCAUACCAUGGGGCCUCUCCAAGCAGUGCGAGAAAAGCUCCCAGCCAGGAGAUUCGUCUCCUUCUUCAGCCCUUGUCUGUGGAAUGACGGAUUUGGCUGGAUCAGAAACUUCCUCCACUUCACCAAGCUCGGCAAGGCUAUGGCACAAGGCUUCUGGGCUAAUCUUCACAAGGCGACACUGGACGACUGCGGCAUGCUGAAGGAUGAGAGAACCAAGGUCUUGGAGCCGGAGCAGAGCCCGUUCUGGUACGGCACCGCAUCCGGAAUCUACAGCUACGAGAAGGACAUCUACGAGAUGCUCAAGACCGGCCAAGUACGUGUCCACCGCGAAGAUAUCCUCCGCCUCUCCAGAGGCACCAUCAACUUUGCCAGCGGCAUUUCAGUCCAGGCCGAUGCUCUGGUCACCGCGACAGGCUUCUCGGCAAAGCCCACGCUCAAAUUCAUCCCGGAAACCAUCCACGCCGACCUCGGUAUCCCGUCGAGCAGUUACAGCCAGGCGCAGUAUAACUUCUGGCAGGACCUGAACGACAAAGCUGACUUGACUAUCGCCUCCAAAUUCCCUCGAUUAGUUGCCGGACCGUUCAAAUCACCCACCUCGACCGUGCUCCAACCGUUCAACCCCGGCAUGGAUCGCGAGGCCAACUACACGCCCUUCCGGCUCUACCGCGCAAUCGCACCACCCGGCCCGACUCGCGACGGGGACAACUCGCUCGUCUUCAUCAGCAUGUUUUCGAACCUGGCGAACACACCGCGAUGCGAACUACAAUGCCUGUGGGCGUACGCGUACCUCAACCACAAACUCGAAAUCGACCCGGCCACCGUGUUCGACGAGACGGCUCUGAUGGCACGAUACGCUAAACACCGCGCCCCGUACGGCCACGGCCGAUUCUUCCCCGACCUGGUCUUCGACCAGGUGCCGUACAUGGACCUGCUCCUCCAAGACCUCAAGCUGAAGUACUGGCGGAAGGGAAAUUUCUUCGCCGAACUGUUCAGCCCCUACAUGGCUAAGGACUAUAGGGGGGUCGUACAGGAGUGGAUGCAAAUGAAUUUGAAGUCGAAGCAGGAAGAACCAUCAGACAAAUCGAGGUCGUCAAAGAUCAAACAGGUCAGAGAUUUAGAGCGGGAGCCGCUUCUGACGGCCAAGGUGGCAUGA